CACUGAAAAGUGUGGACCCAAUGUAACUCUGUCAGUGUUGAUUUAACACUGGAUAAUUUGCGGUGUAGCAUGAGGACAACAAAGUAGCCUUUAAGACAGAUACUUUGCGUGGUGGAAUAGCAAAUAAAACGGACUGCAACCAGUCGAAUGUUGAUGAUUAAAGCUUCAGAGCAAAGUUCAGUGAACCAACUACACACGAGACAAAGCGUCCAAAGGACAGUCGAACCGGAGGCAGUCUCGUUUUUCGCUGGUUUGCAUAACUUUCUGAUGGCACCGGGUGACCCGUAACGGCAAAAUGUGGUCUUCUUGUGAUAUCCUCGGCCGUGUCAGGCACUCGCCGUUCAUUGGGUUAUAUUUGUUGGGAUUUUGGAUAGCACCUGUGUCCUUACACCCACAAUGCUUGGAUUUCAAGCCCCCCUUCAAGCCUCAAGAGGACCUCCAGUUCUGCGCAAUGUACAGGAACUUCGGCUGCUGCGACUCAGCGAAGGACCAGGAAUUGAUGGCAAAAUUCUAUAAGAUCACGGACAAUUUCGACAAUUAUGGAUAUGCCAACUGUGCUGGGUACGUGCAGGACCUUCUCUGCCAGGAAUGCUCUCCAUAUGCAGCUCACCUCUUUGAUGCAGAGGACCCCAGUACCCCCAUCAGAACCCUCCCUGGCCUCUGCCCUGACUACUGCUCUCAGUUCUGGCUCAAAUGCCGUUCCACCAUCACCUUGCUCUCUGACGACCUGCAGCUAGCCCAAGCCGAGACGGACCAGGUCCAUUUCUGCCAGCACCUGGAGCUGGAGGACCCAGACUACUGCUACCCACACCUCCUCAGCAAUGAGCAGCUGACGCAGAACCUGGGCCACGUCCGGGCUGACCCCGAGGGCUGCCUGCAGCUCUGUCUGGAGGAAGUAGCCAACGGGCUGCGGAACCCCCUGGCCAUGGUGCACGCCAACGAUGGCACGCACCGCUUCUUUAUAGCCGAACAGGUGGGCCUGGUGUGGACGUACCUGCCUGACCGCUCCAAGCUGGAGAAGCCCUUCUUGAACAUCACCAAGGCUGUUCUGACGUCACCUUGGGAGGGGGAUGAGAGGGGCUUCCUCGGCCUGACCUUUCACCCCAACUAUAAGUACAAUGGGAAGCUGUAUGUGUACUACUCCGUGGAGAUCGGCCUCGACGAGAGGAUCAGGGUCAGCGAGUUCCGCGUCUCCCCCGGCGACAUGAACGUGGUGGACCACGCAUCUGAGAGGAUCAUUCUGGAGGUUGAUGAGCCUGCUUCCAAUCACAACGGAGGAAUGGUGAUGUUUGCUGAUGACGGUUACCUGUACAUAUUCACUGGAGACGGGGGCAUGGCUGGAGACCCCUUUGGGAAAUAUGGAAACGCUCAGAACAAGUCAGCCCUGUUAGGCAAAGUGCUCCGUAUCAAUGUCGAUGACAAUGAUAGGGGUCCCCUGUACAGGAUCCCUUCUGACAACCCGUUUGUGCAUGAGCGCGGGGCGCGCCCUGAGGUCUACGCUUACGGGGUGCGCAACAUGUGGAGGUGUUCUGUGGACCGUGGGGACCCUCUGACGAAGGAGGGGAAGGGCCGUAUCUUCUGCGGGGACGUGGGCCAGAAUAAGUUUGAGGAGAUCGACAUCAUAGAGAAGGGAAGGAACUACGGCUGGAGGGCCAAAGAGGGCUUCUCCUGUUAUGACAAGAAGCUGUGCGCCAACAGCUCUCUAGAUGAUGUACUCCCCAUUUAUGCCUACCCUCACAAGAUGGGCAAGUCUGUGACUGGCGGAUAUGUGUACAGAGGGUGUGAAUACCCCAAUCUGAACGGCAUGUACAUAUUUGGAGACUUCAUGAGCGGGCGUAUGAUGAGCCUCCAGGAGAAUAAGAACACGGGUCAGUGGAACUACCAUGAGAUCUGUAUGGGCAUUGGUUUGACCUGUGCCUUUCCUGGCCUCAUAAACAACUACUACCAGUACAUCAUCUCAUUCGCUGAGGACGAGGCAGGAGAACUGUACUUCAUGUCGACUGGAGUGCCCAGUGCCACAUCUCCCACCGGUGUUGUUUACAAACUGGUGGAUCCCUCAAGACGGGCACCGCCAAGACAAUGUCACUAUGACCCACUGCCUGUCAGAGUGAAGAGCAAGCUCAUCAAGUUCAGGCCAAAAGAAACAUUAACAGGAGUUGAGCUACCGACCAAGCAUCAAAAGCUCUCCCCGCCAGAAGAGCCCGUCAGACCCCAUCCCACUGAGUCCGCAGUAAUCGAGUCCGACAAGGACUGGCUUCAGGAGCUCAUGGACAUUCUGAAGGAGCAAGAGGCUGCCGUCGUCACCACCACACUGCCUCAAACUACAACCACAACCAAACCACCCAGGCACACACGACGGAAAAACCGACGAAAGAAGGGCAAGCACCGGUCGGAGAGCGGGUUGGCGCCGGCAGCCGCGCCUCAGAGCGGGGCGGUGAGACUGGCGGGGGAUGAGCAGGGGCGGGACGACCGGGGGAGGGUGGAGAUCUUCGCCAACGGGGAGUGGGGUACGGUGUGCGACGACCUGUGGAAUAUGAAAAACGCGGCAGUGGUCUGUCGACAGCUGGGGUUCCGAUUCACCCUGAAGGCAUCCAAGCACUCUGAGUUUGGAGAAGGGAAGAGUCUCCGGAUUCUUCUGGAUGAUGUGCAGUGUGAGGGCACAGAGGAGAGCCUGCUGGACUGUCAACACACAGGCGUAGGUAUGCAUAACUGUGCCCAUUACGAGGACGCAGGGGUGAUAUGCGGGAACUCAGACUACGUUGAGGCCUAGAAAUGAUAGUCGAUUGAGAGGUGAUUGAAUUUAUUUGUGACUAUGGCCUAAGUGAUUGUAACUAAAACCAAGGAAUAUUGCUGUCUAACUUUUGUCUAAUUGUUGUCGAUGUUGGCACUUAUAGGUCUACCUCUUUUCAUUAAGGUAAUGUAAUGCUGAUUUAAUUGCUGUGUUAAAGUCUUAAAGGUUUUAUAUUUAAAAUGUAAGACUUUGUUAAUGUAAGACAAUGCUUUCUCUAAAGGAAAUUAAUCUAAAACAGUAAAUUAAUGAAUAUACUAUAUAAGGAGAAUGAAUACCAGGUUAUUUAAUAUUCUCUCAUGAUCACAUACUGAAAUAAAUGUUCCAUACAGA